AAGGGAGGGAGGAUGUACAAGGGAGGGAGAGGAAGAGAGAGAGAGAAAGAGGAGAACAAGCGCCUCGCCUCAUUCCGCUGCUUUCUCAGCAUCCAUUCUGUGAGACCCUGUUCCGGAGAGGAGGGAGCUGCACAACAGGCAAAUUGGAGGCGAAAAAGAAGGGAAAAUCCACAGAAGAGGGAGGAUAUCGAGGGGAAAUAACACAUUAUCAGGGCUCUCCGACAUCCACUAUCAUCUCUUACAGCUCUGGAGAGGUGCCUGAAAGUUUCCAUCUGGAGGAGAGGCGCCCUCCCCUUGUUAUGGGGAUGAACAGUGGAUGCUGAAUUUAAUUUCUGAAAGGCAGGAUGAGUGUCGUGAAAACCGGCUGGAUGCACUUGCAGUGGAGCUGGUAGAAGGUGUCCGUGCCUCUUCUUCUAUGGCUCGCACCCUCGCGUUAUUUAACUGAGCCAAGGUGGAAUAUCAGGCGUCGUGCAAGAGGGGGGAAACAGAACCAACCCAAAUAUUCAAACAUCUGGAAAGUAAAGGAGGAUGGAUUAUGAUCAAUAAAGGACAUCCUGUUUGUCAGAAAGUAACUUGUGAUCAGAAAGGCUUGAAUUGUCGUCUGAUUCUGGGGGACUUGGUGGAUUUUUCUUCUUCAAACAUCUCGUGUGGACUAUAAAGAUUCCGAGUGGUAUUUCAAGCCUGAAUCCGUGUGGGCAUCAUACCACUCUCUUGGCAGAAAACAGGCAUUUGCUUUACUGCUGCUCCAUACGACCCUGCAGUAAGUGACCUGUGAACUGAGUGACACGGAGACUUUGUUGUGUUUAUAACAGCUUACAGACAUCUGACAUUGGGAAGCGCUGCAGAUAACACAACAACAUAAGGACAGGCAAAGUGAAAGAGGUGAAAAAGAACAGGCCAUGGCUGAGGAGAUAAUUGUUUCUCAAAGUGAACCGUGACAGAAUGGUCGACUGCAUAAGCAAAGUCAUGCUGCACACGGUCGUCUCAUGCUGGCAGCCUUUCCUGGGACUGGCCCUUGUGGCUGUCUUUGUGGGUUCUGCCUUGGGAUGUCCCUCACGCUGUGAGUGUUCAGCGCAGAGCAAGGCAGUUGUGUGUCACCGCAAGCGCAUGCCCAGCAUCCCAGAUGGUAUUCCAACCGAGACUAGGAUCCUUGACCUGAGUAAGAACAAGAUGACUAUGAUUAACCCUGAUGACUUUGCUGCCUUUCCUGGACUAGAGGAACUUGACCUCAGUGGAAAUAUUAUCAGUUAUGUUGAACCUGGAGCUUUCAACACCCUGUUUAACAUGCAUUCUUUAAGUCUCAAGAGUAAUCGUAUCAAGCUCAUUCCUCUAGGUGUCUUCACAGGUUUAACAAAUCUUACCCGACUGGAUAUAAGCGACAACAAGAUUGUCAUUCUCUUGGAUUACAUGUUUCAGGAUUUACACAAUCUAAAAUUUUUGGAAGUGGGUGAUAAUGACUUGGUUUACAUCUCUCACCGUGCAUUCAGUGGACUAUUAAGCCUGGAGAGUCUUACCCUAGAAAGGUGCAACCUUACAGUUGUACCCACUGAGGCCCUUUCCCAUCUGCACAACUUGGUCAGCCUUCAUCUUCGAUACCUCAGCAUCAGUACUUUGCAUCCUUACUCAUUCAAAAGGCUGUUUCGGCUGCGACACUUAGAAAUUGAUAACUGGCCUUCAAUGGACCAUAUGCCAGCCAAUACCCUACAUGGCCUCAACCUGACCACACUAUUCAUAACCAACACCAACUUGUCCACCUUUCCAUACCAAGCCUUGAAGCAUCUACCAUACCUGACACACCUCAAUCUGUCCUACAACCGCAUCAGGCAUAUUGAGGGUGGAAUGCUGAAGGAACUAGUUCGGCUGCGAGAACUCCAUCUGGUUGGUGCUCAGCUUUCAACAAUUGAGCUAUACGCUUUCCAGGGUCUUCGGGGUCUAAAAGUCCUCAAUGUCUCUCACAAUCAUCUCGACACAUUGGAGAAAGAUGUUUUUCAAGCUCCUGAGGCUCUUGAGGUCCUCCUGAUUGACAACAACCCAUUAGUCUGUGACUGCCGUCUUAUGUGGAUCCUGCAGAAAAAGCACUCCAUUUUCUUUGGGGAUUCACAGCCAGAGUGCAGCACAGCUGAAGGUAUCCGUGGCAGGCCUUUUAAGGAGUUCAAGGAAGCUCUCCUGUCCUACUAUGUGACAUGCACAAAGCCAAAAAUUCGGGAAAAUAAAACACAAACAAUCACUGUUGAUGAAGGCCAGCAAGCCAUGUUGCACUGCAGUGCUGAGGGAACACCAAGGCCUACUGUGUCUUGGGUGUCACCACGCCAAAGAAGUCUAACAAGUAGGAGCCAUGGAAGAGCUAUUGUCCACAACAAUGGCUCACUGGAGAUCAAGUCAGCAGAGGUACAAGACAGUGGUGUUUACAUUUGUCUUGCAUCCAACACUGCUGGGAAUGACACCCUCAACACAUCGCUGGCAGUAAAAAGUCUUGGAUCACUGUAUGCCAACAGGACCCAGUACUACACAGAUUCCAGCAACACCACUGCCAAUGGAACAACCAGUGUCACCCUUGGUUUGGACCUAAAAACUAUUUUAGUGUCAACAGCCAUGGGUUGUUUCACAUUUCUGGGAGUGGUCUUGCUCUGCUUCCUGCUCCUUUUUGUUUGUAGCAGAGGAAAAGGGAAACAUAAAACCAACAUAGAUGUGGAAUAUGUGCCUCGUUCGAAGUCAAAUGGCACUAAUGUUGACUCAGCAGAGGGACAAGCUGGUCCCCGUCGUUUUAACAUGAAAAUGAUGUGAAUUAUUUUAUAAAUCCUUGGAACUGGAUUGCAAAAAUGCCUGAAUGGACAAUGUCUUUUUUGCAGAGUGGACCAUUAAACUUCCCACUGUUGGAGCGUGGUUGUGAAAAUGUGGAUACGAUUGCAGGGAAAACAGAACAAGAUGUGCAGUACUUUAUGCCACUGGAUCCUGGAUAUGAAAUACUUUUGAAUACAUUUGAAAUAUAAAGUAGAACCUCAGAUUACGUGGUUGCCUCUGGACUACUAAUUGGACCUGAAUGACAAGUGAAAGCUGUUGCAAGUGUGAGGAGCAGAAGGCAACAGGUGUCAUUUAUCUUGUUUUUGAAAUUUAUAUGCCCCAAAAGAAUCCUUCAAUUUUGGGUUGGAUCAACAGACUGAACUGAACAAUGUACAGUCCAAAUUUGUAUCUAAACUAUUAUCCUACUUUGUUUAGUCUUGCGCCAUGCUUAUUUCACUGAACAAGUCAAUGAAACAGACCAUACGUUCCUAUGUUCAGUACUUUGCGUAUGUGUACGUAAUGCUUCAUUAUGUACAUGUAUGAACAUGUCCAUUCAAAAUACUCAUAGCAAUAUUCAUGGGAUGCAUUUUCCAAAAUUAAUAUCUC